AUGAAUAAAACUAUCAUACUUUUAUUAAUUUCAAUUAUUUUUGAAAUAGUAAUAUCAUCAUCCGUUGAUGGUAAUUAUCCAGCUGGAGGUUUAUAUUUUGGUGUAUCAUCAAAUUUCUUGGUUGGUGAAUCUGAAAAGUUUACUCAAUAUGUUCAAGAUGAAUUAUUAGCAAUGGAUUUGCCAGAUCAAUCAGGUGAUUCAGAUGGAGUACAAUAUUCAUUUACUCAUUUUAAACUUGCAUUAAAUUUACAAGAUUUCUUUUAUGCACAAUUAGGACCUGGUGUUUUUCAAAUGGGAUGGGAUACUAUUACAUUUAAUUUACAAUGGGAAUAUGAAAUUUGUGUUAAAAAAGUUGUAAAACUUUGUGAAUCAGGCACAAUUACAGUUUAUACAGCAAGUGGUCAAAGUGUAUCAUUAGGAACUACAUUAGAUGUUUUAUUUAAUUCAUCAAAUGCAAAGAUUGAGGCAACAUCAACUGUUAUGCCAUUUGAGGCGGGGGCAGUGGUUGCAAGUGUACAUUGUACAGAUUCGGUUUGUUUAAUACCAAUCAAUGAUAUCGUGAGUGAAGUUUCAUCACAAUUUGUAUCACAAGUUACAAAUGGUGUUACAAAGGCUAUAAAUGAUAAAGCCCCCUCUAUUGAGCAACUGUUUACACCAAUUAAACAGAUACCAAUAACUAUGGAUAGUGGUAACCAAUAUUGGAUUGAUUUAGAGGGUUGUUUAGUUGAAGCUAAUUAUAGUUCAAAUUCACCAUCCACCAUUACCGCUGCUAUUAAUGGUGGUAUAGUUUUAGAGAAUACUGAUGGUAAUUUCGUUUACCCAACUCAAACACCAUCCUAUGUACCAUACGAUUCACAAAUGGAGUCUUUCACAUCAGACUACUGUAUCACUAUCACUGGUUACUUUAUUGAGACCCUGUUGGAUGCUGUAUUGGUACCAGAGUUUCCAAUGACAAUUCAACCAUCACAAAUACCAGCUUCAUCACCAGUUCAAUUGAAUACAAGUUCUGAUUUCUUUAGUGGUAUCGCUCCAAAUUUAACCUCUAAAUAUCCAAAUGUUGGUAUUCAAGUGAAUUUAAUGCCACCAACAAUACCAACGGUUACGAUCAAUUCAAGUGCUAUCAUUUUAACAGAUUUUGAAAUUUCAACUUCAUUUUUAGUGUUAACUGAUAAUGAUGAUGCUAUUCCUGUUUUCAAUGUUUUGUUCAAAUUUGAUGCUGAAAUCCAAACCACCCUUUAUACUGAUAGUGUCUCUGUUUUCUCUUUAAAUUCAACAUUACUAUCAAUAACACCAAAUGUAACCAUAACUGAUUCAAACGUUGGUUCUGUCGAUGCCACUGGUUUUGUUCAACUAAUUGAAAUGGCACAAUCUAUAAUUAAAAUUCCAUCAAUAACUUAUCCUGUACCUUCAAAAUAUUCAAUAACAAAUGUAAAUUCACAACUUGGUGAUCAAAUAAUUCAACUUACUUUUGAUUUAAUUGAAAAUUCAACUAAUCAAAAAUAUCUUAAAAAAUCUGUAAAUUUAAAUUUAAAAAAAAAAAAAAAAAAAAAGUGA